UCUCUCACCCUCUCUCUCCCCCUUUCUCUCUUUCCUUUGCUCCGUGAUACGCACGCAAUCCAGGACACAAUUGGAAGUCGUUUAAGACCCGAGGUGCUGCCGUGUUUUGUCCUCCAUUAAUCCAUCCUUUCGUCUCAUUUUAGUCACACUGGAUCAAUAGUCCCACGCGGGCAGGCUGCUGGUAGCAUCUCACUAGCGCGUAUCGACCCUCUUCCGGAUAAAAGAACCACCAUAGCUGCGCCCUGUACGCACAGGGAAAGGCGAUCUUGCUUUAGUUGCUGCGCACCACGACGCACGAGAGGACAUGUGUGCGCACCAGCGAUCGUUGUCAAACUUCACCACCUCUGACAGACCUUAAAGUCAUCUGGAUAUCGCAACAGAAGGCUACAAACACAGCCGGUGUUGUGGGCAGGACGAUCUGGAUUUAAACGCCAACAAGUGGAAUUCGGUUCUUUCACUGGUACUCUGAUCCGGGCUCACACAUGUGUUUGGCCAGGUGGGUGUAGUGUGUCAGGAGACACUGCGUUAAUAUCCCACAGCGCGACGAAUGGUCUGUAGGCUCAGAUUCGGGGCUACCGACCCGCCGCUGCUCCACAGCGCGUCCUCGGGGCUUGAGCGGACAGAGCUAGGGGCGCUGAGGAAUGCAGAGCCGGGAUUGUGUCUUUUCCAGCUCACCUGCGGAAACCUUCGCAGCGCACACCAAACCGACCCACGCAACCGGUGAGCCUGCUGUGCGCGAUGCUGAGGCAGAUCCUCCUCAACUCCACCGACUCCUCAGAUUUCGACCUGGUGCUCAUGGCCCAGUCCUCCACGCACGCCCCCGCCUCCCUGAACGCCUCCCACGGCGGCUCUGUGAGCGUGGCCGCCCUUCUGAGACCUACCACGGGGCGGGGGGGAGGGGGGCUCCGGGAGGGCGAGCUCCACAAACCGGACUUGAUCACCUAUAUAGUCAUGUGCCUGCUGCUUUUCCUCUUAGUGCUGCUCAUUGUGUUCUUCAUCAACUGCCAGCUCCGGAACUCUUUCUUCGCCUCCAUGCCAUAUGACAGGUCACUGAGAGAGGCCCGGACCUCCUACAAGUAGGCAAGACCAACAGGAUUAACCUCUGGGACUAUGGGGUAUAGGCAAACUCCUGUGGUGGGUUUCAGGACAAACUGUUCCCCCCUGAACUGCUUCUUCUGCUACACGUACAAGACAUGAAUCUGUUGCCUUUGCGAGUUUUCUUGGACACCUUGGAUGCUGUCAUGGAAAUCCCAACAGAACCUAAAAUCAUUAGUCAGUACCCAGAAUUACAUCAUUUGGCCCAAUUUCCCUUCAAAGGUCCACAGCCCCCUCCCAAAAAAUAUCACUUCAGUCAAUAUGGAGGCAUUUUUAGGAGAUGUAAGGCGGGCAUUGGCCUACUUUUGUGUAGAAAGAAAACAGUACAAAUGCAAUUUUUUUUUGACUAAUGUAAGUUUUUUUUUUUGCAAUUGAUAAGUAUAAUGUGAAACAAUUCAUCAGCCCGUGCCAUGGCACUGCAUCCUAUAAAUAAAUGGUUUAUUUCCUCUGUGGUGUUAACUCCCAACCGUGUUUUAGUAGUUUCUUACAGAUUUGACCUGAAACUUGGAGAUUGGUCCUGAAGUCGUAAUAUUUCACUCUAAGAAGAAUCUGUUUUUCUGUACCUUGAAGGUCAUCUAUGUUAACAUGGAGAGAGCCUACGGUCAUUUCUGCAUUUUGUAGACUGUGAAUAAGUUGUCUUGUCCACCAUUGUAAAGUGCUUAAAGAACAGACAAUAUCGUCUCAUAAAGAUUUUCAAAUGUA